CACGUGGUAUAUGCGAUAUAUCGCCACUAUCGAGAGUUCCAAGCGUCGUUCGUGUGAUAACGCAAUUAAUGGUCAUUUUUUUAAGUAAACCAUCAAGUUGACAGCAAGGUGUGCUAGUCAUUUUUCGCAAACGUUAUACCUAAUAAAUUAAUAAUGGAACGAAAUUUGGAGAAAACACUGGAUAAUGUAAUCAGUGAAGAUGGUGUCAUUGGUUGCAUCUUAGCUGAUCAUGCUGGUCUUUGCUUAGGAGUUAAAGGUAAUGCAUCGAGUGAUAGUGCAGGAGUGAUUGCUGCUAUAGCAGAUCAAGUUGCAAAAUUGGAGCCAAAGUCACCAAAACCAAUCAUAUCGCUUCAAAAUGACAACAGGCAAUGUCUUAUAUAUAGGAAGGGGCCUGUAGUUGGCGCUAUAUACAAAGAUAUGUCCACUUGAAAUAAUUAUUGUUUGUUGUAUAUACUAUUGAAAUGGAUUUAUGUUCUAAAAAGAAUUUAUGAGAAUAUUUUAUUAUUUAGAUAUGUUACUGAAUAAAUUUUGAUAUAUAUAAGGACUA